UCCCUGCCGAAAGAGGGAAGAUAAAAGCGGGCAGGAAAAAAAGGGAGGGAAUUGAGAGGGGAAAAGAGAGGGUUUUGCGAACACUUUAGCGAUCUUCCCUAAACCCCCUCGUUUGGAUCCGAUCCGCCGCCUAAUCCGACGCAGAUCGGGUUCUUCCGGCGCUCUCCGGCUGUCCAAUCAUAGAUCGGUUAGGGUUUGAGGCGACGGCGUUUUGAACCCAUGAGCCAAGCUUCUGUUGAAAUGGAGGACGUGAAGCCGUCGAUUUCUUUGCCUUCGGAUGAUGGCGGAGCUAUGGAAGCCCGAUUUACGGAUGUCUGCAAGAGCAAGCUGGCCCUUGACGAAAGCACGAUAAGGCAGGCGAUGGUUUUGUUUAGAGAAAGCAAGCACAUCCUCUUGGCAAACAUGUCAGCAAUCGGAAGUGGAUCUCCUGAGGAGAUUGAAAGGUUUUGGUCUGCGUUUGUUCUGUAUUGCGUAACAAGAUUGAGCAAAGGGAGAACCAAGCACGAGAAGGAAGAAAAUGGUAUCACUCUUUGUAGGAUAUUGAGGGUUCUUAAGAUGAAUGUUGUGGAUUUCUUCAAGGAGAUACCGCAGUUUUGUCUCAAGGCGGGUUAUAUUUUAACAGGCCUAUAUGGAUCAGAUUGGGAGAAGAGGCUUGAGCUGAAGGAACUACAGGCAAACAUCGUCCACUUGAGUCUGCUAAGCAGGUACUACAAACGUGCAUAUCAGGAGUUAUUCUUGCCAAAUGAUGCAAGCAGUGGUCAGCACUCUGUAGUUUCUAACAGCGUGGGAUAUGUUUCUGACUACCAUCGCUUUGGAUGGUUACUAUUUUUAGCUCUUCGUAUCCAUGCAUUCAGCCGCUUUAAGGAUCUAGUGACUUGUACAAAUGGAUUAGUCUCUAUAUUGGCCAUACUCAUCCUUCACAUUCCUGUGCGCUUCAGGAAUUUUCAUAUCCAGGAUUCAUUGCUUUUUGCUAAAAGAACGGACAAGGGUGUUGACCUUGUAGCUUCUCUGUGUGACAAAUAUCACACCUCAGAAGAUGAGUUGAGGAGAGUCAUGAAGAAGGCUAAUAACUUGAUAGUGGAUAUCUUAAAGAAGAAACCAUGUGCAGCUUCGGGAUGCAAAAGGGAAAAUCUAUCUUGCAUCAACACAGAUGGUUUGAUCUAUUUUGAGGAUCUUCUGGAGGAAAAUUCAUUGCAAUCAAGUAUACUUAUCUUGGAGGACAAUUAUGAUGAUGCAAUCAAUAGUAAAGGUGAGCUGGAUGAACGCAUGUUUGUUAAUGAGGAGGACAGUUUACUUGGUACUGGAAGCUUAUCUGGAGGUUCCAUUAACAUAUGUGGAAAGAAGCGGAAAUAUGAUGCAAUGGCCUCGCCAGCAAAAUCAAUAACAAGUCCGAUGUCUCCACCACUUUCUCCGGCAUCACCUGAAAAUGGAAAUCCUGUCAAUAAUUUUAAGAUGGUUCCCAUCACACCAGUGAGCACUGCUAUGACGACCGCAAAGUGGCUUCGGAACAUUAUCUCUCCUCUUCCUUCGAGACCUUCAACAGAGCUUCUGCGCUUCUUUUCAUCAUGUGACAGGGAUGUAACAACUGAUGUUACACGUAGAGCAAGCAUAAUAUUGGGGGCAAUAUUUCCAACUACUUCAUUUGGCGAACGGUGUAUUUCUGGAAACCUGCAGAGUGUAAACCGGAUGGACAGUAUAUGGGCAGAGCAGAGAAAAGUGGAAGCCAUGAAGUUAUAUUAUAGGGUUUUGGAGACAAUGUGUAGAGCAGAAUCACAUAUAUUGAAUGGCAAUAAUCUCACUUCACUGUUAUCAAAUGAUCGGUUUCAUCGUUGCAUGCUUGCUUGUUCAGCUGAACUAGUUUUGGCUACACACAAGACAGUCACUAUGAUGUUUCCUGCUGUUUUAGAAAAAACUGGGAUAACAGCUUUUGAUUUGAGCAAGGUGAUAGAGAGUUUUGUGAGACAUGAAGAAACACUUCCGAGAGAGUUGAAACGGCAUUUAAAUUCCUUGGAAGAGCGUCUACUAGAAAGCAUGGCAUGGGAAAAGGGGUCAUCGAUGUACAAUUCCUUGAUCGUAGCAAGGCCAACUCUUGCUGCCGAAAUAAACCGUUUGGGACUUUUAGCAGAGCCAAUGCCAUCUCUUGAUGCCAUCGCGGUGCAUCAUAAUAUUUCGACUGGAGGCUUGCCACCUCUUCCUUUUCAGAAGCAUGAACAGUCAUCAGAUCAAAAUGGAGAUGCCGUGUCUCCGAAGAGAGCAUGCAGUGAAUAUAGGAGUGUGCUGGUAGAGCGUAAUUCCUUUACAUCACCGGUGAAGGAACGUACAUUGACGUUGAAUCUUAAAUCAAAGUUACCACCUCUUCAAUCUGCUUUUGCAAGUCCAACAAGGCCAAACCCUGCAGGAGGAGGGGAAACCUGUGCUGAGACAGGGAUCAAUAUCUUUUUUAAUAAGAUUGUAAAGUUGGCUGCUAUUAGAAUCAGAAGCUUAUGUGAAAGACUGCAACUGCCUCAGCAAAUUUUGGAGCGGGUCUAUUCUCUAAUCCAACAAAUCCUUAGUCAACGGACUGCACUAUUUUUUAAUCGACAUAUUGAUCAAAUUAUCUUAUGCAGCUUUUAUGGGGUCGCUAAGAUUUCUCAAAUGGCUCUAACCUUUAAGGAGAUCAUUUACAAUUACAGAAAGCAACCACAAUGUAAACCUCAGGUUUUCCGCAGUGUCUUUGUUCAUUGGCCAUCAACAAGCCACAACGGAAAAACAGGACAGGAGCAUGUUGAUAUUAUCACCUUUUACAAUGAGGUAUUUAUUCCUUCAGUCAAGCCUUUGUUGGUGGAGUUAGGACCUGCUGGAGUUGCUCAAAAAAUUAAAAAGUCUCCGGAGGAUAACAAUAAUGCUGACAGUCAAAUUCCAGGAUCACCUCGGUUGUCUCCUUUCCCAAAUCUUCCAGAUAUGUCACCAAAGAAAGUUUCUGCUGCUCAUAAUGUAUAUGUUUCUCCUUUGCGAUCAUCGAAGAUGGAUGCAUUGCUUUCACCAAGCUCCAAGAGCUAUUAUGCUUGUGUUGGCGAGAGCACUCAUGCUUAUCAGAGCCCUUCCAAAGAUUUGACUGCCAUCAACAACCGCUUGAAUAGUGGGAGAAAGGUCAGCGGCAGACUAAACUUCGAUGUGGUCAGUGACUCAGUUGUGGCUGGGAGUCUUGGAGCUCAGAAUGGCAGUUCUGCCCCUGCCCCUGCCCCUGCCCCUGCUUUUUCCAUUUUGGAAUUACCCGUGAAACGUGAACAGCCUGAUUCCUAAUUGUUUGGAGGGUGUCGCUUUGUAUCUAACCUAUUCUCACCUGCUACUUCCUGCUGCUUCUAAUCUUAUGAUAGAUUUGUACAUGAGUUUAGUGAAUGGGGAAUUAUGUGAGCAGUAAUAAGCAGAUACACUGCCCCUGAGCCCCCAUUUGCCGUAUGUUAUAGUUCUAAAGGUAUGUCAGAGAAGUGCAGUUUUAACCAAUGUAAUUUAAUAAAUCUUUUCAUUGCUUCCUCGAUCA